AUGGCCGGAAACGCUACUUCAUCCGACGACAUCACUCGCCGCUUCGAAGCCAUGGAGCAGCGCAUCAGCAUCCUCCAAAGGGAAAACGAAGCGCUGCAAUCCCAAGUCAGGUCUACCGCCUCCAUCGCCACCGGAUCCAGGUUCCAAUACCGACGCGACACCUCCGGGCUGAACCGCCGCUUGGAUCUCGAUGCUGCCCCGGAUCACCCCCUCCACGUACCCUUUGGCGAACCUGGAGGUCCUGUUCUCCAGCAGAUCCGCGAGUUCGAUCCACUCCCGAUUCAUCCCCGCUCUAACCCGAGUUGGCUUCCCCCACCUCCAACUCAACCAUUUUCCGCAGGAACAUCGACGACAACCGUCACCACGACGGCUGCUCGGGUCAUCCCGUCUCAGGCCGGCACGACGACAUCCGCCAUGAUGUCGAUCCCUACCUCCGCUCCAGCAUCCCGACCGUUACCUCCCCCAAUGGUGACCAUGUCGAUGCCUCUACCCGUUUCACUCCCAACACCAGGAUUGGCGCCGGUAGCUCAGAUGCAACGGGACCAGAUCCUCUCCCAGCAAGUCAUCCAACCCGUUGUCAACGUAGUCGCUUCGGCACCAGGAGCGCUCCCCCAGUUGAUGACAGCUCCCCCAGCCAGCCAGGCGCCACAAACAGUGUUGCCAAGCGCACUAAUGCGACCUGACUCUUCUCGAAACUAUUCUCCAUACACUCCUCUUAACAGUUCAGUCGCUCCGGUUAGUCACGGCUUUGUAACGCCUUUCCCUUAUGUUGCAGGUACCCACGCGACUCAAGGAACGCCCCAAUAUAUGCAGCAAGUGGUACCGCAGUUUACUCCCCACCAGCCUCAUGGCGUAUACCCCCAAAAUACCUAUUAUCAGCAUCUCCACGCCAGUAUUCCCGAAACCUUCAGCCCACUUGUCCCGGUGCUCAACAGCAUCUGCGAGAACACCAAUUACCAACUCCAACAAAUUAUGACCAUGAUAAACAAAAUUCCAGGAGUACCCACACCAAUCAAAGAAGCCACCCUAGACAGUUAUGCCGACUCGCCGUACGCUGAUCCCAUUGAUGCAAUAGACAUCCCUACACGGUACAGUCCACCCAAUAUGCCUAUGUAUGACGGGACGUCCGAUCCAAGAGAACAUAUCCUGACCUAA